AGUAAUUGUUGUUGAAGAUGUCCUAAAGUGUGCUUCUGAAUUAAAUCUAUCGGGUAGUGAAGAUUACUAUGGUUUUUCGAAUAAGAUUACUAAACAGAUUAUCAGUGUCAUAGUUGAACCACUAACUUAUCUAUUUAAUCGAAUGUUAAUUGAAGGCACAUUUCCUCAAUGUUUAAAAAUAGCAAAAGUAGUUCCUAUCUAUAAGAAGGGUGAUAAAACAAACCCUUCCAGUUAUCGUCCCAUAUCUUUAAUACCUAUUUUUAGCAAAAUAUUUGAAUAUUGUAUCAAAAACCAAUUACAAAACUUUUUCAUGCUAAAUGGUCUCUUAUGUAAAGAGCAGUUUGGGUUUUUACCAGGACUGAAUACUACAAAAGCUGUAGAAACUCUAGUUGGUAAUGUUAUUCAUAAUUUUGAGUAUAAAACAACAUCAUCUGCAACCUUAAUUGAUUUGUCUAAAGCCUUCGACAGCAUACCUCAUGAGUUACUUAUAAGUAAACUUUAUUGCUAUGGUGUGCAAGGUAGUGAGUUGAAUUUGUUGGUAUCUUAUUUGAAUAAUAGAAAACAAAUGGUUGUUCAGGGUUCUAAUUCGUCUCUCAUAAAAACAAUUCAAAUUGGUGUGCCACAAGGCUCAGUUUUAGGUCCUUUUUUAUUUAUCGUUGCAGUUAAUGAUUUUCCUUUCAAUUUACCCUGUAUGUCAGUUUUGUUUGCUGAUGAUACUACUCUUCUAAAUCACCAUAGUACACUUAAUGGUUUAAUAAAAAUACAAGAAAAUGCAAUGAAGGUAGCAACUGAGUGGUUUCAGGCUAACAGGCUUGUUGUAAACAAUAGCAAAACAGAAAAUAUAAUUUUUUCAAUGGACCAUGUAAUUUACAAAUGUUUUAAGCCUGUUAAACUAUUAGGAAUCUUUUUAGACAGUAGACUAAGCUGGGAAAGCCAUAUAGAAAAUCUUUGUACUAAAUUGGCGAGAGUAAUUUUCCUAUUGCGCAAAUUGAAACUCUGCAUCACCGAAGAAAUGCUAAUAACCUCCUACUAUGCCUUUUUCCACUCCCACUUAAUUGAAACAGAUAAAGCUCUUGCAUCUCGUUGCACUUUAAAGAAACCUAACAAUGAGUUAGUUGAUGAUGCUCUUUGGUUGUGGUUUUUGCAAGAACGUAGAAGAGGAACGCCAAUGAGUGGCCCCAUUUUACAAGAAAAAGCUGUUAUCCUACACAAUAAACUUCAAGAGAAAGGAACAUUUGUGGCAAGCGAUGGUUGGCUUUCACGCUGGAAACAUAGGCACGGCGUUCAUUUUCUUGGAGUGUACGGUGAAAAGCUAUCAGCAGACCCUGCAGCCGCAAAAGUUCUAUUCAAGCUAGAAAACGAUGAACAAACAGACCUAAUCCAAGUGUUAAAAACAAUCAACGUGAAGGACGUCAUUUUCAUGGUGGCUAAGGCCUAUGAUGAAGUAACAGCCUUGACAAUAACAAAGUCAUGGAGAAAAGUCUGGCCAGACAUUGAAAAAGCCUUUGAAAAGGACGGAAAUAAUCUUGGUGUACCCGACCUUGAACAUGAAACAGAGGAACGGGUAGAAAUCCUAAGUGACUUAAUGCGACUGCCUCACACUGAAGACAUUGUGGAACAAGAUGUUUUGGAGUGGUUGACCGCUGAAAAGGAGCUCGAUAAUGAAGUUUUGAAUGAUGAAGAAAUAGCUCAGUCGGUUUUACAGCGUCAAGAUACCCAAGACGUAGAAGAAGAAGACGAUGUUGACGGUGAGGUAGACGACGAGGGUCAAAUGAGUCACGCAGAGGGGGUGGCAGCCCUGCAACUGGCUACAACCUAUAUUAAGCAACAGACGACUUCUACAACAGGCGACGUCAUGUUUUUGAGGAAGUGGCAUGAAUAUGCAAGGAAGAAAGCUAUUGAAGAAAAAGUGCAACGAAAAAUUACUGAUUUCUUUUAA